ACAGUUUUCAGAUCUGUUGUUCUUUUUUCCAAGAAAAAGUGCAAUUAUGCCACCAAAAAGAAACGUUGGGAAGGCUGCCCAGACUUUACAGAUUGGGCUUGGUAAAGGCAGUCCAGCACACUCAGAAGGGGAGAAUGAGCCAAUCAUUCCACCACCAUUGUCACCAAUACUUAGGGAGCACUCUUUUGUCAAUCCUACCUUCAACAAGGAUAGUGAAUCUGGAGAUGAUGUUGCUCAAUCUGGUGAUUCCCUUAUGAAAGCUAUGUCAGAACAUAUUAGCAUCAAGAGGUGCACACAGUUGGAAUCUGAGGCAAGAGCUCAACAAAGAAGCCAAGAACCGACAUGCGGCGCUCUAAUGAAGAAAGUGCCAGAAUCUGGCGCGAGCAAAAUGCAGAAAAUUGGAGAGCUUUCCAAGCUAAAACAGAACAAAUGCAGGAGGCAUUUCGAAGUGCCAGAAUUGAACCUCAGCCACAAGCAACAGAUCUUCAAAGCUCUCACCUGGUAUAUGAGUCUACCACAAAAUUCAGUUUACACUUGGAGGCAGAUGGAAGAUCUUUUCCAUAUCCAGUUUUACCGUAGUGAGCCAGAAGUGUCCAUGGCAGAUUUAUCUCAUCUGGAAUUUGUCAAGCUGGCACAAAAUGGUCUGGACAUUGAGUUAAGGAAAAAGUUUGAGGGGAUGGAGUUUCGUGAUUUCUUUGAGUUGUCUUACAAGGUGGCUCGUUAUGAAAAUUUAUUACAAGAGGACACACAAAGGAAAUUUGCAUCUCAUGGGACUUAUUAUGGUGAUGCUAACUUUGAUCUGGAAGAGACAGAAGUGGUGGAUAAAAUCGACAAGGGAAUUCUACGUUUUCCAAAUAAGGCCAAAGAAACUAUGGGAGUUGAUGCAAAUCUAUUCCCUACCAUGUCUAUUAGGGUGAAUGCAGCAGAUCUUAGGAGCAUUGCCAGAGACAGAACUCAGACAUACUAUAGGCACAGACUUGCAGCUGAUGAUCUGAGAUGGGUCAUUGAGGAGGCAAGGGCCCAUAGAAAUCAGGCUCAGCAGCUUCCAGCAAUGAGAAAAUCAGUGUGGGUUCGUAAAGAAAAAGGAAGCACAUCUGGUCAGACUUCUCUAGAAAAGAAUGAACCACCCAGAAGUCCAACUUCACAUCGAGUUCUGACUGUGGAAUCAAAUGAAGAAGUUGGUUUGAAGGCGAAGUUUGAUGUGUCAGAUAGAGCGAAAAAUUCAUCAAAUGUAAUCUAUUUUGAUUUGACUGAGGAAGAAGAAGUCAUUGAGAUCCCAGCUAAGGAAGAUGGUGGUAUGGAUUCAGCAGAUAAAAUCAUUUUUGAAAAACUAGAAGAGAGGAUGGCCAGACAUAUCAGGCCAUUAUACACUAAUGCACAUCUGGAUGGUAUGCCGAUAAAUCAAGUUCUAGUUGAUAAUGGAGCAGCUAUCAAUGUUUUGCCAACUUGUAUUCUGCACAAAAUUGGCAAAUCUUUGGGUGAUUUAAUGGAGACAAAAGUGACAAUCAGUGACUUUACUAGUGGAGUAAAUCGCUCAAGGAGAAUUCUGCCAGUAGAACUUACCAUUGGAAAUAGAACUCUCAUAACUGAAGUGGUGACAGCAGAUGACAAGCCGUUUGUGCCAAAUACCAAUGCAGUGAAAGCUCGUUAUUAUGAUAAAGAUAUUGGGACUAUCCGUUUCUUUGGGAUGGGCCGCUAUGGUAGACCUUCUGGAAUUACUGCUUGCACCAGAUCUGCAAUGGACAGACAGACUGUGAAGGAGGAAUUAGAUCUGGCACCAGCGAAACUCGAUGAUUUGAAGGCAGAAGUACAAGAUCCCCUAGAAGAGGUAAAUCUAGGUCUGGACAGAAAUCUGGUAGAGCACAGAUUACCAAUUAGAGAAGAUUUCAAGCCUUUUAAACAGCCGCCUAGACGAAUGUCUCCAGAAGUCACCUUGAAAGUCAAAGAAGAGAUAGAGCAGCUGUUGAAGGUUGGUUUCAUCAAAACUUCCAGAUAUGUGGAAUGGUUAUCUAAUGUGGUUCCUGUGGUUAAAAAGAAUGGCAAGCUAAGAAUCUAUGUAGACUUUAGAAAUCUGAAUCUGGCAACACCAAAAGAUGAAUAUCCUAUGCCUAUUGCAGAUUUAUUGGUGGAUGGUGCAGCACACCACCGAAUUCUGUCAUUCAUGGAUGGCCACAGUGGAUACAACCAGAUUUUUAUAGCAGAAGAGGACAUUCCAAAGACCACUUUCUGUUGCCCAGGAGCUAUUGGUACGUAUGAAUGGGUGAUUUAUAUUGAUGAUAUGGUUGUGAAAUCUAAUGAAGAUGAAGAACAUCUGGGGCAUUUAAAGCUGGCUUUUGAAAGAAUGAGGAAGCAUGGUCUAAAGAUGAAUCCUUUAAAAUGUGCAUUUGGCGUUUCUGUUAGAAAUUUUCUGGGAUAUUUGGUGCAUGAGCAAGGCCUGGAAGUGGAUCAAAACAAGGCAAGAGCUGUUAUUGAAGCACAGCCGCCAAGAAGAAAGACAAGAGUUUUUCCGCCACUGCUGAAGCUGAAAUCAGAAGCAGAUUUUAAAUGGGAGAGACACCAUCAGACCGCCUUUGAGGAAAUAAAGCAUUAUUUAUCAAAACCGCCGGUCUUAGUGCCUCCUUUAAGAGGCAAACCUUUGAUUUUGUGCAUAUCUGCCGCAGAUGAAUCUGUAGAUUUCCUAGCAGAUCAUCCGUGCCUGGAAGUAGAAGCGGAUGAGGGAAAAGGAAUUAUUAUUAUUUCUCCAGCUAGUUUGAAAACCCAGAUGUCAUUUCAGUUAGAUUUCAAUUGCACCAACAAUCAAGCUGAAUAUGAGGCAUUGAUUAUUGGCCUAGAAGUGUUGGUAGAGCUCAAGCUCUUGGAGGAAUUUGAUGAUGUGAUCUUGAGGCAUGUUACACGAGAUCUGAAUAUAGAAGCAAAUGAGAUGACACAAAUUGCCUCGUGUUUAAAAAUCCCAGAAGGCGUGAUGAGCAGAAUUGUUGUUGUGAAAAAACGAAUUCUGCCAUCUAUUCACAUGCGUGAUGAGUACUGCCAGAUUAUGUCAUAUGUGCAUAACGGAAUCUAUGGUGCGCACCAAGUUGGAAUUAAGAUGAGAUGGCUAAUUCGCAAACAUGGAUUCUUUUGGCCAUCGAUCUUGAAAGAUUGCAUCAGCUAUGCUAAAGGUUGCAAAGCCUGCCAGAUUCAUGGACCACUUGACUUCAGAUCAGGGGAUAGUUUUGUUGGUGCACAAGUUGAGGCGUUUGCAAAAGAAAUGGGAUUUAGGUUACUCACUUCAACCUCUCAUUAUGCUCAAGCCAAUGGUCAAGCUGAAGUUUCCAACAGAAUUGUGAUAAAUCUGCUUGAAAAAAUGGUUGAUGAUAAUCCAAGGCGUUGGCAUGAGCUGUUAUCUAACACAAUCUGGGCUUACAGAACUUCACAAAGGAGUUCUACCAAGGUAACUCCAUUCUCUUUAACUUAUGGACAUGAUGCUGUUCUGCCCAUGGAGUUGUCUACUAGAUCAUUGCGUAUAGUAAUUCAACAUGGUCUCACUUCUGGAGAAUAUAAUGAAGCAAUGAUUCUAGAGUUAGAAGACCUUGAAGGUAUGCGAUUGACUGCCUUAAAUAGGCUACAAACGCAGAAAUUAAAAGUGGCUCGAGCAUACAACAAACAGGUGAAAUCCAAAAGUCUGGCAGAAGGAGAUCUGGUAUGGAAAGUAAUUCUGCCACCUGGAAAGAAAGACCCCAGAUUUGGAAAAUGGUUUCCAAAUUGGGAAGGACCAUUUCGUAUACCUGAAGUGCUUAGAGAAGGAGCAUAUUGGCUUGAAUCAUUAAAUGGAGAGUUAUAUCCUUGAAAAAUAAAUGGAAUCUACCUUAAGCCUUACUAUCCUAUGAUAUGGGAGGCUAGGGGUUCGAAUACCAUUGGUUCUACGUGAGACAGAUUUGAGGUAGGAUUUGUAUAGUAUUUUAUUUCAUUGUUUAGCAUUUUAUCAUUCAAUAAAAGUGCUGAGCUGAA